AUGACACGACGUUCACCGUGCUCAUUACCUGAUAGAAGGGGUUUUAGCUUUAGCGCUCUAACAAUUGGUGCUCUCAUUUUGAUCUCAUUCCCGCUAAAUGGAGUUUUUGAUGCCAUUUAUGAAUUUUAUGGAGUGGAAGAAGCAUAUUGGUGGAUCCUUUCCACUGAAAAAUAUUUCAGAGCCAAAAAUAUCGUAGAAGAUGAGGAAAAGAUGAAGGUGGUUGAAAUCGUAAUGAGUGGUCGUGCUCUCAAAUGGUGGAAAUGGCACUCUCAAUCUCAUCCAUCGAUCAGCAUCAACAACCAUGUUGCGAAUGGUUUUCUCAACGACAUUUUUGUGCUCGGUGAUUUCAUUGCAAAUGGUUUUCCCAAGGUUGUACCGCCGGCUCCUGAGGUUGUUCCUGUUGGCGGUGAUGUGGUUGAUGAGUCUGCGUCUGUGAUGAUUGCGGUGAAGAAGUAUGCAAGGAAGUUUGAGUCUGGUGAUGUGCUGGAUACAUCAGGAAAUCUUAAUGGAGAAGAACUGGGUCAAUCAAAUGUUAAGGUCUUUUGUCGAAUAUGUAAUCGCGUCGAGAGUGAAGGAACAACAUGCUUAGAGGAUUCUUUAAGAUCAGUUAAACAAAAGCAGCUCCAGAAUCAUGAGAAUAUAUUCCAUGCUAAAAGUAUGCCUCUCCAUGCGGAUUGCAAAUAUUUCUUGCUGUCUUCUUCAUGGACUUUAAAAUGGAGAAAUAACAUCAGUCUAUCAUUCAAGAAUCCAGAUAUACCUGAAACUUUAGAUGGGGUAAUUGAUUCAAUGAUGUGUGAAAAACACUCUCCACUUGUUGAAAGAACUCCUCAACUGGCUUUCAGACGCGGUGCGGUGCCAUAA